AUGAGCGCACGCACCAAGUAUCCCGUCGUCUUCAUUCACGGUGUCUUUGGCUUUGGGUCACAGCGGCCAUUAUGGGGCUAUUGGGUUCCGUAUUGGCCAGAGCGAGAACUCCGACGCAUCAAUCCCAACCACUUGAUCGUAAAUGUAGGGGGGGUGUCGUCCGACCACGAUCGAGCAUGUGAGGUCUUUUACCAACUAGUUGGAGGGCAAGUUGACUAUGGCGAGAAACACAGCACAGAAACGGGGCACAAUCGGUAUGGAGAGACUUUUGUCGACCCGUUGCAUCCUUCAUGGGGCGAGGAAAAUCCUGUGCAUUUGCUUGGACACAGUUACGGGUCCACGACUGCCAUUGAGUUGUACCAGAUGCUAAGUUCGGACUUUUUUAAAGUUGGAAGCUCACACAAGUGGGUGGCUAGUAUCACAUGUAUUGCAGGACCUCUCACAGGCUCAACACUAACACAUAUGAUGGGAAUUGAGAACGGCAGAAUUGUGUUUGGAAGUUCUCUUCACUUAUUAAGCAUUGUGUUGGGUGCGUGGAUUCAUCUCUACUGGAAAUUUUCAUGGCUUAAGGCGGCUGCGGAUCUUCGUAUGGAUCACUGGAGAAAAUUCUCGCUUAAAGAGUUGGUGGCUGCUGACGGACCAGUCAGUUUGUCACGAGAUCUGGCAAUGCACAGUAUACUGCCACAGCAUCGCAUCUCACGCAAUGCUCAGCUGCAGCAUAUGGACAAGGUGCAUCUGCUAAGUAUAACGACGUCACCCAAGACAGUUUUCCGUCUUUAUGGCGAAGGGCUCUUGCUCGUAACGUUAGCACUACUAAAUUGGAAGCACUUUCCAAAAUGGUGGCCUGUGUUUGCGAGACGGCGCCAAUUUCGGAUACCAGCUAGUUUGUUGGUCUUGGGCUACUUGUGGCUUAGAUUAAAGAAGCUGGACGUAUCCAAGAUGCCGACCAUGUACGGUCUUAAUUGGCUCAUCCGGCGUCGUGCUAGGAGUCUACCGAUGAUUUUUGACGGAUUUGAACCACGCAAUUGGGAACACAACGAUGGUGUUGUCAACAUUCGCUCCAUGUUGAGACCGUGGUUUCCGAAACCUCAAGAGAUGGAGCGAGUCCUCAGUAGCAAUGAUUUAAAUCCACCUGCGCCUUCGCUUCCGGCAACGUCGCCGUCAUCAUCGCUGAGAAAUUUGACGUUGAUGCGUUGCGAAUCUCACAUCUCACUCCAGGGCUUUAAUCACGAUACCGACGAUGAGCAACAGACUCACGGGUAUGAUCGCUUUGAAAAAGGUCGCUGGUAUGUUUAUCGUGUCAACAGCAACCACCUCGCAGGGACGUAUUGGGACAGUAAUGCAGCAGAUUUGUAUACUAGUUUGUUCACUUUGAUGAGCAAAGAGUAUGAACGGUAA